GGCGGAUAAGGGCUAAAAUAGGCAGAUAUCUUCUCUAACGGUCAAUAUGGAGGGUUAUGAACAGAUUAUUAGGUGUCUGCAGGAGAGUUUUAACCCAUUAUUUUCCAGACAAGUCGAGAAAGCUCUUGAAAGAGAAGAAUCUAGAAAGGGAUUUGUUAAUGAUAUAUUAAGGAUUGUUUCUUUGGAUAGAUUAGAUAUGCCUACGCGACAGGCAGCAUGCGUUCUUUUUAAGAAUUUUAUAAGGAAAAAUUGGGGGGGAGAAGGGGGUUCUAUUGAAAUUGAAGAAGGAGAACGGAUAAUGGUUAAGAAAGAGAUAGUUAUGUUGAUGAUAUCGGUUCCUCCGCUUUUACAGGUUCAAAUUGGAGAAUGUAUUAGUAUAAUUGCAGAGAAAGACUUUCCAGGACAAUGGGAUAGACUUAUUGAUGAACUCGUAUCACACUUAUCGUCGAAUGAUAUGGUGAUUAAUCAGGGUAUAUUACAAACGGCACAUUCAAUUUUUGGAAGAUGGAGGGGAAAGUUUAGGAGUGAUUUGUUAUUUAGUGAAAUUUUGUUUGUUUUAGAGAAAUUUUCUGUUCCAUAUAGAAAUAUUUUUUUGAGGUUGGAUGAAUUGAUUAUGCAGAAUUCCGAUAAUAAAGAGGCGUUGGAACUUCUUUUUAAGAAUAUGAUUUUAUGUUUAAAAAUAUUUUAUGAUCUUAAUUGUCAGGAUUUACCGGAAUUUUUUGAGGAUAAUAUACAGCAAUGGAUGGGAUUAUUACAUAAAUACAUGAAUUAUUCUAAUCCAUUGUUGAUUUCAGAGGAUCAAGAUAUAGAAGGACCAUUGGAAAAAGUUAGAUCCAAUAUAUAUGAAAUUGUGGAGUUAUAUACUCAACGUUAUGAAGAUGCAUUUUCUAUGUUACCGGAAUUUGUAAAUGCAUCCUGGAAUUUAUUAACCAAUAUGAAUUUUGGAAAAAAAAAUGAUAUUCUUGUAGAAAAAAUAAUGAUGUUUUUAACUUCUGUAGUAAAAAUACAGCGAUAUUCUUAUAUUUUUAAAUCACAAGAUGUUCUUGGACAUCUUAUUGAAAACAUAGUUUUACCUAAUAUUUCUUUUCAAGAAUCUGAUAAAGAGUUUUUUGAGGAUGAUUCUGUAGAAUAUGUUAGACGGGAUCUUGAAGAGUUUGAUUGUAAUAUAAGAAGAAACGCUACAUAUAGCUUUGUUCGAGCAUUACUUGAACAAUUUGAAACAGAUGUCGUUUCUAUCGUUUCGAAUUAUAUAAGUCGUUAUUUACUCGAAUUUCAAAAAGAUAAAAGAAAAAAUUGGAGAGCAAAAAAUACGGCUAUAUACCUUUUUUUUUCAAUUACGAUAAAAGGCUCUGUAAAUAAAUUGGGAAUAACAUCUGUUAGCGCAAUAACAAAUGUUGUUGACUUUUUCUCUCAAAAUAUUUUUCAAGAUCUUAGUUCAUUAUCUGAAGAUAUUCAUACUAUGUUGAAAGUGGUAUUAAUAAAAUAUGUUUAUAUAUUUAGGAAUCAGUUGCAAAGAGAUCAAAUUUUAAGCUGCCUUCCAUUACUUAUGAAUUAUUUAAAUUUUCCAGAUUAUGCAGUAUAUACAUAUUCGGCAGUUACAAUUGAAGCUAUUUUAAAUCUUAACAAAGAAGAAGGUUUUUUGAUUGGAAAAAUGGAUAUUGUUCAAUUAUCCAAAGAAUUAUUGGAAAAUCUUUUUAAGUUAAUUGAAAAAGCAUCUACUCUGGAAAAGUUAUCUGAAAAUGAUUUUUUAAUGAAAUGUACAAUGAGAGUUAUUGCUACUAUUAAGGAUGGAAUAAUUCCUCUAGUCGAUACAAUAUCUUCUUAUUUAAUAAAUAUUAUUUUAGAAGUAAGCAAAAAUCCAUCUAACCCUAAAUUUAAUCAUUAUGUUUUUGAAUCUUUGGCAAUUUUAAUAAGAUAUACUGUUCCAAAUUCAAGAGAAACUUUGUUACACCUAGAAAAUUUAUUGUUUCCUUCACUUCGUUUAAUUCUUCAAAAUGAUGUAGUUGAAUUUAUUCCAUAUGUAUUUCAAAUAUUAGCACAACUUCUUGAGUAUCAUAAUUUAAGUUUACCUGAUAUUUAUAAAUCACUUGUUCCACCUAUUUUGUUGGCAUCAUUAUGGGAAUCUAGAGGAAAUGUCCCUGCUUUAGUACGUUUUUUAAAAGCUGUUAUAUCUCAAGAUCCACUUUUUAUUGUAAAUAGUAAUUAUAUAGAACAGAUUCUUGGAAUUUUUCAAAAAUUAAAUUCAUCUCGACUUGAUGAUCAUUAUGGAUUUGAACUUUUAGAGACUGUUUUUCUUCAUCUUCCUGCGUCUGUUAUGGAGCCUUAUAUUAAACAAAUAUUUUUACUUCUCUUAACACGGCUUAAUCAGUCUAGGACAGAAAAAUUUACUGAAUGUUUUAUUCAAUUAAUUUUCUUUUUAUCUGCAAUUAAUAGAAAAGAAUAUGGGCCAGACUAUUUCAUAAAUGUUAUUAAUAAUAUACAGACAGGGUUAUUUGAGCAAGUUUUCUUAAUGUUUUGCUUACCUGGAGUACAAAAUAUUAAAGCUGCAAUUGAUCGUAAAACGUGUUCUAUUGGUAUGAUUAUAAUGCUUUGCAGGGGAUUUGCUUUGCAAGAAAUCAAAUAUCCCACACUUUGGUCUUCUACAUUAAUAGCUAUUUUAAAGCUUUUUGAAUUGCCAUUUGAAAUUUCAAAAAAUGAUGAAAUAAUUGAAGUAAAUAUCGAUGAUAUUGGUUUUCAAGCAAGUUUUUCUCGUCUAGCGUUUUCUGUAAAAGCUGAACAGGAUCCAUGCAUGUCUAUUAAAGAUCCGAAAGCAUUCCUUAUAGAAGAGUUGAUGAAGGGGAAUUCUGCAAAUGGAGGAAAUUUUUCUCGAAUUAUUAGUACAAUGUCAGAUGAUGUUAAAACUGUUUUAACCACAUAUGGAUAUAUUAUUUAAGUUAAAUAUGUAAUUAUAUAUUUUAAAUGAUAUUAUAUAAAUA